AUGUGCGCAUUGCAAGCCUACAAUUUCAGCAGUUCUCUAGACGACCUCAGCGACACAGAGUUCUUUCUGGACGACUCGGCAGCAUCUGUCUUUACAGGUGACUCGUCGGCCUUCAACUUCAACAUCCCGCCGAUGAUGCCACCUACCAGCGACGGAGGCGGUGUCGGCGACAACAACAACAUCACCACCACGCCGAUCCUCAAUGAGACAGGAUUCAGUCUAUGGGGAUUCGACCCACACUCUUCUGACUCGGCAUCGUUCAUCACUGGUGGGACGGUGGGGCCUGAACCCACCACGAGACCCACACCCCAGAUUCGCGAAUGCGAUACGAUCCCCAGGGACCAAACCAGCGACGUCGCUUCCGUGAACCUUGAUUCCGACGUGGCGGCUGCCCCAGCUCGUUCCGGGCUCGCACGAGUCCCCCACGAGCGUCCCCGGAUGAACUGGCGCAUUGACCGAGACGACGAACAGGCAACGGACCCCGGUACCACAUAUGACCCACUGCUGGAGGACCUUGCGGGUGCAAUGAGUCACGGGAAGAAGGAUCGUCACCUGCAGGAUCAGGCUGCCGGGAUCAUGAAGAAAUUGAUGGCCAGGUCGCAGGCGUGCUGCCAUGUGACGGCUUGCAGUUACGGAAGCCACGGUGAACUGGAGCGACAAGAGGUUGAUAUCUCAGAGCUCCCGGUUCAUGAAAUUAUAGACGGUAAUUCCGAUCUGUAG